AUGAGAUGCCGUCGUCCGUCCUUCUAUGUGCGCCCACAGCUUUGGCGUGCGUGCUCUACUACUGCAAGCAUGUCCGACACAGCCGAUCUCGUCGUCGUGCGAGAGUCGCCGCUUGAGAAGGUGGUGCUUCUCGAGAUCAACAACGGCCGCGCUAAUGUGCUGACAUCCGAAUUCAUUUCAGCCUUUCUGCAGACGAUUCAGGAUGUGUGCAACCCAGAGAAGUCACAAUGCAGAGGAAUUGUCCUCACCUCUAAGACCCCGGGCAUCUUUUGUGCCGGUCUUGAUCUCAACGAACUCAACACAAACCUCUCGAGGGAUCGGUUUGCGCACUAUUGGGGGCAGUUCCAGCAGCUCUUCAGAACCUUUCAUUCCUUGCCGGUGCCACUAGUGAGCGCCAUUAACGGGCACGCUGCCGCAGCGGGAUGCAUCAUCGCUCUUGCUUCUGACUACCGCGUCAUGGCAAGGCGGCAUCCCACAAAGCCAGUGGACUUGAUGAUUGGUAUCGCCGCCGCCCAGCACGGCUUUGUGGUGCCGCCAUACGUGGCUGGCUCCAUGGAGCAUGUCGUGGGCUUUCGCAAAGCUGAGGAGUUGCUCUCCUUGGGCUUACUGCUGUCAGCUGACAAGGCCUUGCAGGUAGGACUCGUAGAUGAGGUUGUAGAGCACCACGAUGAGGCUGUUGUGCCGUGUCUGCAGUUCAUGGAGAAGCUGCUAGAACUCCCCUCAGCAGCGCCGUAUUGGAUGAUCAAGGACAUGUCGCGUCGUCACCUCCUAGCCCCGCUCUGCACCGAAGAUCUUCGUACCCAGGACACUGUCAGCUUCUACAACCUCUUCAGCAACUCUCAGGUAAAGCAAACGCUAGCACAACACAUACAGAAGUUGUCACGGAAGUAA